AUUAGUAACGCACUAAUUGGUCGAAAGCGAAAGAUAGUUCGCCGAAAGAAUUCAACAGUUUGAGCGCUGUUUCGAGACUAAGCAAGGGAAAUUCAUAGUAUUAAAGAGAAAAGGUAUAUUGACAGGAUCGGUGAUACCUUCGUCAUCGUUGCGUUGCAGACAGUGUGUACGCAGUAUUUGCGUGAAAUGAGUUCAGUUAUGAUAACCGAAAAUGGGGGACCUGGGGCAUCAAAAGAACAUCCACUUCAAGGAGGAAACCAGCUACAAAACGACCCAACAGAAACGAUCGACGCGAGUGAAAGUAGAAACAGUGGAAAUCCCAGCACAUCUUCAGCAGAACCACAUAAAUCUCGCAGCGGAAAGCCAUACAGUAUAAAGCGUAAGUUAGAUAUACAUAAAGUAACUUAACACUACACGCCAUGAACGUAGAGUAUCUUACUCUAAAAUUAGCGAGUGUGUGCUCAAAACUGAAAUUAGGGCCACUGAAGGAUCGUUUAUAAACAUCUACGAACUUAAAGUUUACUACAAAAUAAUGUUCGGGUACAACGCUCACGAAGUAUGCCGGAAAUAACUGUAGCUUCAAUCGUGCGCAGAAGUUAAGACCCCUCCUAUCCCUGGACGGCCUUGCCGCUGCAAUGAUUUGUGAGCUAAAGCCGGCUAACAGUAAUGUAUGUAUCGUUAAGACUCAAAGUGUAACUUAAACUUCCUUUCUUAAUCGAUUACACUAGCCCUGUACCAGAGCAAAGGGUUGUAUAUAGCACAGAAUGUACUAGAUCAUCAUCGAGUCCCUUUCCUAUAAGAGGGGUUCAUUUCCGGGUAACUGGACUUAGUUGUUUAAGUAUUGUAAAUUAGUUGUUAUUAAAGUAUUGUAUUUCAGUUGUAAGUUUUCUGGCUGUCUUUUUCUUUCUUUUGAUUUAAUAGUAUUGUGAUUAUUUUAGUUGCAGCCUUCUUUAAUUCAUGUAAAUUCUUCACGUAUUUUUGCUGACCUUAGGCCAUUUAAGCCCCUGGCUUUGGUUUUUCCGAGUGUGUGAUAUGUAUUAAAGUUAAAGCUUCCGUCUUGGAGUAACAGACAAACGUUUCUAGCAAAUUGGUACAUCAGGAAGUACAGUUACAGUCAACCCAAGUCAAGCGUACCCCCCAAGAUUACAUUAAUGAAUUUAUUAUUCGAAAUUCAGAUUCACCUUUCCUUUGGGGGAAGUCUGGGACUAGGCAUUGCAUUUCGUGCAGUUUGUUUUUGAAACGUGCGAUGAGCAACAGCACGUCACCAGCUUUGUGUCACCAGCACGUCAGGAAAAAGCCGACAAAAUUCGCGAAAACGUGAGGGGAAAAUGUGUUGCAUCAUAUCAGAUCAUAUGCGACACAUUUUUUGCGAGGUAACACAACGACGUGAUGAUGAGCACUCUCGAACAUGUCGAAGGUUAAUACAGUUUAAUAUUAGCUGCUCAAAAACACACUUUCUAUCUGACUCUCAAAUUCAAGGAGUCUUUUUCCUCUUUUGUCUUUGCUUUUUCAGGCCGAGCGCUACUCGUUAAAGGAGAAAUGGAAGGGCCCGGCUAUUACUAUCAGGUAAAAUAAGCUAAAAUAUAUUGUACCGUACUAUUGUCUGAUUGAAAGGCUACUACGUGACUCCGGCUGCUUCUGCUCGAGCAGCCAAAGUCUUAGAGUUUUGAUCUUGACUUGCUGUGGUUGGUACUUUAGUUCUGGGUCUAUUUUGGCGUUAUAUGCUGCAAUUUCACCGACUGUAUUAUUUUUGGAGCCAAACUUAAGAAUACUUGGCCACUUCAGCGUAUUUUCUUCUCGAAUUAUAAAUUAUGUUAUAGCAAUCAGUUUUGCUCAUACAGUGUAGAAUGUUUUGUAUUAUAAGAAAGUAAAUGGCUUUGUUAACUCUCCCCGUAUUACCUUUUCAUCAAAUCUCCCGGGAAUUACCUACCAAAGCCUUUUUCAAAAUGUUUUCAUUAAGUUCGUUAUUUUCGAGAUGAAAAUAAAACAAGAAGUGGAUUUAGUGUUCUUCUUAACUGGGCUGUCUGUGGUCAGCCCAGUUUAAAAAAUACCGGUACGUUCCAUUUUCUUUCGGCGUGGUAUUUCUGGGAAGUCGUAGUGGGGGUGCACCGUCCGGCUCUCUGUAAGUCCCUAGUCUGAAUUCGAAAAGUGGUUGUUUCACGUAUUGAAGGGAAGGCCAUGUGGCUGUUGGUAUUUUGCUAUGGUUAUCGAGAUUUUCCUUGUCACUGUCGCAGUUUCAAUCCAUCUUCAAGUACUUUGUCGCCAUUUCAUAAACAAUUAUUGGAUGAGGCUUUUGUGAUAUCCAGAAUAAUCAAGGACGAGGUAAGCAUUAUCAGCCGAGCGGAAGGCCGAGGCUGAUAACAUUUACCGAGACCUUGAUUAUUUAGGAUGUCACAAAAACCAAAUCUAAUAAUUGUUUUAUUAUACAUUGUUUUGAAGAAAAAUGACGACAAAGACACCGUCAUAAGGAACCUGAAUUGAUAUUGAUAUUGGAAAUCAUGCAUUAAGCACACGCAACCUACUGAUAAGUCAGUUAUCUGCUAGCAGAUAACUAACUUAUCUGUAGGUUGCACUGAUUUCCAAAAUUAGCUAGUGAGUACAAUGUAUAAUAAUCUGUCUUAUUGUCAGACCCAUGGCUGGGCAAGCAGUUUCAUACAACAACCCCAUAGUGGUGUAAAGGUGAUGUUCCAUGAGACGAUUCUCAAUGAUGAUUUUUAGCACAACACAGCAUUGCAACAUUGUUGUGACAUUGUUUCUAAUAGUUACAACAUUGCAACGAUGUGUUGUCAGAGCUAAAAAUCGUCGUUGAGAAUUAUCCCAUGUAACAUAUCACCUAAUAAAGGCUGUGACUUUCAAUGUUAUGUUAUGUUUUGUCAACACUUGACCACUCAAAAAGGGUUUUAUAUAUUUAUACAAAAAUGUUUUUGAACAGACAACUUGACCAGCACCUGCCCUUUAAUUAUUUCAAACUUAGCUCUUGCAAGUCAGCUCCUCUGUAUGCGACCAAUCAAUAUCAGCAUUAUCAGUGUGUGGUCACGUACUGAGGGGGGAGGUACAGAUCAAUAGGGAAGAAGGAGAAAUGGCCUGAAAAAGUAGGGAGGAGGGAGAACGUGAAAUGUUGUGGGAGCAGGGAGAUAUCGAUGAGCAGGUAACUUUAGGGGUUUUUUUUCAACCUGCAUGAUGACAAGGGAUGGGGGGAUGUGGAAUUUGACGUACACUGUGAUCCCCUUAGGUCUCCUUUGACUCCCUUGGUUGGACUUAACUGAGAAAGCAUGGAAUCAAACUUGACACAUCUCAGGUUACCAGGUUUAAAAAUUGGCGACGGGCAACACACGUACGACUCAUGCACUUGGUUGUAAUCUGACCUAUAUUUCCCUUGCGAUAUGAUAUGAGGAGAGGCUCCUUAAAGAUUUCUGUUAGCCAUUGUUGGUUUUGUAUAAGUGCAAUUUUCCCAUUAGUAUUUUCAUUAGGCUAGGUUAAGCUGGGUAGUAUUGUGUAACAAAACGUAGUAGUUUUUUUACGGGCGGAUUUGUUUCUCUGUUGAGGGGCUCAGUUUUCCUGUCGGCAAAUUUUACCUCAGAGAGGUACUAAUCUCACAAUAGCAGCAAGGUAGCCUCUUUCUAUCAGGCAAUUUUCGAAUUUUUUUUUUUCUCAAAAGUGGUUUGAGAGGGAGAACUUCUCCUUUAAUGAAGCCUUCCUUCACAUCUGGUGGGUGACACAACUAGAUGUUCAUGUACUUAAAAGUUUCUAUAAUUUGGUUUGUAAUGUGUUUGCAAAACCAACAGCUAUCUUUGUUCCCAUGGCUGUUAGAUGGGUCUGUAGGUAGUUGCUACUGUGAAAUUGAAACAAGUUUUCUGUUAAUAUAAGUAUUUAAGUUAAUAUAUGAUUUGUGGGCACCAUCACAAAAGUCAGAGUGUUCUGAGUAGCCAAAAAAAAUCCCUACUUAACUCAAGCCACCCCAAAAAAUACUUGCCAUAUUUUACUACCCCAAAAAAUCCCGGAAUCAAAAAUUUCAAACCCCAAAAAAUCCUUUGAUCAUCCUUGUCACUUGAAAUCUGAAUUCCCCCACCCCUCCUCCCACCCCCCCACCUUUACCAGGUUUUUGGUCUCAAAAUGGUAUGGACUUUGCAGACUUUGCCUAUCAGGUAUGGUUUUCGAGGGAACUAUGGAAGUGUGUGAACGUAUUUAUCAUUUCAGUUCCAAAUGACUAAGAAAGAAAGAAAAAUAUGCAAAUUCGAAAUGGAUUUUAACAAAUCUUUUUUGUUGCAGUUCCAAUCUAAGUAAAGAUUACGUUAUUUCUUACAGGGCAGGUCUGAAAAAGGGUGUGAAUAACCAUAUUUUUUGGUCUGAAAGAGGUCAGAAUUUGGAGAACCGGGUGGCACACCCCCACCAAGAAUUAACCCAGCAUAACCCCCCAGGGCUUUUUCCCCAUAAAAAAUCUUCAUAUGCGUGACAUACAGUGGUUAUGCAAUCUUUGUGCCGUAUGUUGGUGUAAAUGCGAAGCUAUGAACUAUGAAGGUCCGAAAACUUCCUUUACGACGAAGUACAGGAGUCGUGUGUUGCCCGCUGCCAAUUUUUAAACCAAGUUUAGGUAGGAAGGAGAGAUUGCCCCAAAAAGUAGCCUGGAGGAGGGAGAUUUACCCUUCCGUACCUCCCCCCUCCUUACUGGAGAAGGGUGCAAGUAGUGUUCUCCUUAGCUAUUUUAGCAAAUUAGGCUAGGCCGGCUGCCUGGCUUAGUUCACGGGAAAAUCGGUGACGCCUGGCUUGAAAAUCAAAGAUUUAACCCAACACAAGCUUAUGAUGACAUCUAGAACCAGGUAUUUCAAAGAAGAAAUCACUCAAUAAUGUUGAUGAAACAUUGUCUGGUGUUUUUUGGGUGUUUUUGCACAACUAAUUUAUUGUAAAAUUGAUUUACUGUUGGAUGAACAUGUUCAAAUCUGUCGUUUUGCUGAAAGGCAUUCAUCUUGAAACUGUCCCAGAAACACAAGGGCCCAUCAAGGAGCUCACAUGUAGCCCAUGCUCCCUUUUUGAGGAGUGUCAAAAUGGAGAACCCAGUCAACCCAAGAUGCAAGGAACAAUGUAAUAUAAUGCUUGUCAAAGAGUCUUUUAAGAACUGAUUGUAUGUCACUGUCUCUAUUACUAUUCAGGCUUUAUACAAACACUGUUAAAAAUCACAAUCAGAAUACCCCUGGCCUUCCCAAAAUCCUAGGGAAAACACUGGGAAGGGACAAGAUGUAACUAUGGCAUGCUAGUGCUUCAAAAAAUUUCACUGGUGUGAUUAAUUUUAUUGAAACUCAUGUAUCAAAAUAUGUAAUAAUACCCCCCUAAAAUUAUUUUCUCUGCUUAUUGAAGAAGAGAAAGGUACUAGCCCUGUAUUAACUAGCCCCUGGCUAUCAGAUAUGGCUUUCUUUAAUUUGUACCCAAGAAAGUUCUACUGGUGUGCAUGAGUGUUUGAUUGCAUUAAUUUUUUUUCCAGGAUGCUGCUAUAUUCCUGCAAGAGGGACAGAAUAAUGACCGAUUUGACACCCACCCCUCUCAUGCAACAAUGCGAUGGUACCUCCUAACUCACUCUACAUAUUUCUACUUUCUGGAUAUGAUGGCUUCUUUGCUUCUUCUUUGUCUGGCACUUGCUGAAAGACCUGGCAAUGGAGGUGCUCCAGCAAAUGAAAUAUUGUUUUUGCCAGUACCUGUAAGUAGUUAAUGCCACCAUCUGGUUUAUGGCUCAAAUGGGUGGCUCUUAGACUGUGCACUGUUAGGUCCAAGUUCAAUUCCUCGCUCUCAAAUAAAGGUUGUUGUUGUUGGCUGGAUCACCACUCCGGGCCUUGAAAUUACUGAGGAGGAACUGCCUUUGCUCUUUCAUCUGGCAGUGGCUAGCAAGCAUUUGUAAAAGAACCACUCACAAUAUAACAGAUCUCUGGCAGUGAUCCCCACCCCACCCCCCCCCCCCACUCUAGUGUCUGUCUGAAAGCAUAUUCACAGACUAUGCUGCAAGCAGUCAAGAAACUCCUCCACCCAGUGUGGUACAUUACCCUGAGAAGCCCAUUUGUAUUUUGUAUUUAUGUUUGUUGCUGUUUGACCAUCAUCAAAUUUUUCGCUAUACAGUCAACUUUCUUUAAGAUGGACACCUUUGGUGCCCACUCUAAGUGGCUGUCUAAGAGUGGUGUCUGUCUUAUAGAGAGUUAAAAAGGGGAGUAUAGGAAAAGAGGGACCAAUUCUAGAUGUCCAUUUUACUGAGGUGUCUGUCUCAUAGAGGUGUCCAUCUAGAGAGUCAAGCAGCAAGUCAGGAUUUGAUGUAAUCUCGUGCAUACAACCUAGCUUUUAUGAUCAAUUUUCAGGUCCAUGGAGCUCUUGAAGUUUUGUCACUAUCAGUCAUUGCUUGUGGAUGUGGUGUGAAACUUAAGUGGCAAGGAGCAAAGUUCUACUUUACUCACAAGAGGACACUUUUCAAGGUGAGAGGCUUCACACCAACUAGAGCACAUAUCAACUGCUAACAGUUGGUACUUACAGUUUUGCCUCGAUGCUACCAUUUUGUGACUUUCCACACCUUUUUGUCAGUUGUCUUUACAAACUUGAUGAAGUUGUGGUAUAUUAAAUAUACCACAACUUCAUCAUAAAAUUUUUAUGAAAAACUGCUGUUUUUUUACUUAUGAAAAUGCAGCAUCACCCAUUAUUCCAAGUUAAAUUAACGAACUAAAUAUCAAUAGAUUCCAUUUAUUUGUAAACCUUCAAAAUAUGUUUUUUGUACUCCGCACUGAGGCAGGUGAAAUGUAAUUCAUCAGCUUUAAAAUUAGGUAGAUGUACUGUUUGUGCGAUUGACUUAGGGCAUGUUAUUUAUGUAUAUAUACCUUAUUAUAGGAAAUUAACGCUCCAUGAAAUUAAGGUAUUGGAAAUUAACACGAAUUUGAUGGCAAAUGACUUUCGAAUAUGGAAAAUUAACACAAAAGAGGAGGUAGAGUUUCAUAAUAAAGGAAAUUAAUGCGAUUAAGAGACAGUUGGUGAUGACAACUGGAACAAAUUUAUUUCAACAAUUUAAUAGGUGCAUAAAAAUUCAAAACUGAACAAAACUGAGCUGACAUCACUUCUGACAGCGACAACAAUGAAGAUGAACUCGAAAUAUUCUAAACCUUCGCCUUAGCUUUUGUGAAAGAUGAAAUGGAAAGAAAGAAAGCUUGUAGUUAAUGUUUUUUAUGUGUCAAGAAUGUCUGGACAGGUUCUAAAAUGAGGGUUAAAGUGCUGGAAAUUAAGAACGCUGCACUUAAUUAACAUUGCAGAAAUUAACGCUUAACAAAAUUAACGCCACUUAAAUUAAUGCAAAUUUUAACUAUUCGCGUUAAUUUCAUGGAGCGUUAAUUUCCUAUAAUAAGGUAUAUAUAUAUAAAUAUUUUGGUUUUUUAGGAGCUAUAAUGAAAGUUGAACCCUUCAUAAUUUAUUGUUUUAAAGAAAAAAAACAUAAUUAUACUAUGAGCUUGAUUGCCAUGAUAAGAAAAGCUGAAGGUGUCACAUCACAACACUUAAUUUUUUUUUUGUCCCACUACAGAUUGUUAUUUUAGUUGUGAUGUACACAGAAGCAAUCGUCGUUCUUAUAAGAAUGGAGAAUCACUUCCGAGUUACGCGAGCUCUGCGACCUCUGUUUUUGAUAGACACUCAUUACUGUUAUGGAGUGAGAAGGUGAGCAUUAUUGGGCAUGCUUUGCAUUUUUGGAAGUAUUAGUUAUUAUUUCAGAAUUUAACAACUGCAUAGCUAGAUAGAGGUUGGGUGCCUGUAGUAACUCCACUUUUGGUAGCCAGCCCCCAGACUGAAUAAUGCCCUAGUCCAGUAGGGUGAGGGUUGCAACAGGUGUAUUCACUACCCCCCCCCCCCUCCCCUCACAGGCCCCAGAUGUCCACCUCUUAGUUUAUCAACAACUAUUUAAAACAAAGUGAUAUCGUUUAUUUAUAUUUUUAGCAGCAAAAACUAGCAAAUACAGAUUUGCAACUUAAAUAGUGACAUUGACAUCUGGCAUUCUCAAAAAUUGUGAAAGAAAGUAGUCUUUUUUCAAAAGAAAAAGCUAAAGAAAUCAAUUUGAAGUUCAAAAAAAUUGAGAAAUAUCCGUGUUCUUAAUGCAUGCAGUCUCUGACAACCAAAUUUUACCCCUAGAGAGUUGCGCCUCCGGCCUCAUUUGGUCCGUUUCCUUGUUGAAUCGCACCCACCCAUAUCCUGGCUAUGGCCCUGUGCCCCUAUGGCUAGUACAACCACCUAACCCAGCCAUGAGCACCUGUGAAAGGAGAAACAAGCACCUGUCACAGUGAAAUGAGUAUCAUUGGAAGAAAACAACAACAACAAGGAGGGGAUGGGGGGAACUGGCUAAAAGAAACCUUCCGGCACAAAAUGCUGCAUAAAGGAAGCUCCUUAUACCACUGAAUCACAAAAAUGAUGUUGCAAACUAUUAGCUGUUGGCAAAUAGACCAAUCAUAGAGCACUAGCACUGUAGGUGCUCUUUGUUGUUCAGUUAACUACUUUAAAUUGCAUUUAAAUGCAUUCUAUCAUUAUAUUAUUGAUUUGUAAUACUGCAUUUUGUUCUCCCUGUUUUCCCUAGGCAAAGUUUUUUUUACAUUACUUCUGUUUUCUCUACAGGAAUUCCAAAGAAAUCUUUUAGUUUAUUCUCUGCUCAGUUUCUUGUCUUUAGUUUUCAAAGGCUGUCUGAAUAUGAUUAUUUUUUCUGUGCCCCACAGAUCCCUUCGACAAAUUCUACUCUCACUUCCACCCAUUUUGGAUAUGCUGUUCCUUUUAUUGUUCGUCAUACUGAUAUUUGCAAUGCUGGGUAAGCUGAUGAUUAUGAGAGUGAUUGUUUUAUUGUUCAUUCAAAAUAUUUCCAAGCUUAUAGUAUUAUAGUCUGUCUAUGAUGUUCCCAUGUUGAAAUAAAAUGUGCCUUUUCCCCAGCAGGGAGGAUAAGACUUUUUCUUUGAAAAAUUGUUUCUCAUCUUUCCAGUGUGUUCUCAUCUUUUUGUGUAUUCGGGGACUGCGACUUUUUUUCAAAAAGAAUGAUUUUCCUUAAUUACCAGUUAAAGAAUGCCAAGCCACUUUUUAGGCAAACCCCCACGUCCCAUGAUUGUCUUGUGCAUUCAUGUUAUCUGAUGACCAGCAAAAAGUAGGCUUCAAAAUUUUAACUAUAACUUGUAAGACGUCCAUAAGUUAAACGUAAAUCCAAACUUGUGUUUUGUAAAGGAAAGUCAACAGCAGCUAUGUUUUAGCAUAACUUUUCUUUCUGUAAUUAAAUGGCAGGCAACGUCAGAGGAAACUUGUCCAUGUACUCUAUAAAAAACCAACAACAACAACAAAAAGUUAUCUCCUCUAUCUAUAGCUGGGCAUUUUAGGUCACUUAAAUUGCAUUAUUUUGAAAUAACUGUCUUUUACCCAAGUUUGAAGUAAAUAUUUUAUUUUCUACAUCUUUAUGGAGCAUAGGGACAAAAAAGCCCUUUCAUAAUACUGUUUACUAAGAUCGUGAGGCAUAUUUUUUCUUGCUUAUAGAAACUGUUAACUUUCUUCACAGGAUUUUAUUUGUUUUCUGACAAUGACGAAGAUGAGGUUUGCAUUUGCUUCUUAUUAUCUCUCUCAUAUUAAUUAGGAGUUACUAGCAAUUAAGUUAUUAAAAAUGAUACCAACAUAUCAUGUCAGUCUUAUUAUAACACAAGUUAUACCCUGGGAUUGAUAAGGCGUAAUCUCUGGAAUUGCUUAAGGUGAAAGAAACUGGAUUGUGAAAAUUAGUUCGAAGAAGACAAUGAAUAUAACAGAUUAAGAGCUUUAAAUGCAUAUAGUUCCUUACCAGCUGUUUAGCUCCAAUAAACCAAUUUAAAGUAGGGUUGCAUAUCUUGUUGUACUACUCAACUUGUUUUAGAGUGAGUUUAAGGUGACAUUAGUCAUUACAGAAACUAAUUAGAGAUUUGAAAAUGCUUGCACAGUCAGUUACAGUAUGGGUUGUACAGGUGCUCUUACUUUUCUUGUCAUUGGUGCUAAUAUUCUCUAAUGUUAGGCGUAACCCCACAUGAACUAACUUGCAUCCCAUCCAAGGGUAAUGUUAGUAUUCCUGUUCUUUAUGCUAUUAAAUCAAUGGAACUGGCAUGUGCUCUGUUGUCUUGGGUAUUUUCUGGCUCAUACUUGAAUUUACUGUGAAUUUCAUAAGUUAAUGUGAUGGUUCUUAACAAAGAUUCCACUAUAAAUGUGUAACCUGUAACUUACUAUUAGUGCACAAUGCAGUCUUUGUUAACAAAUACUUUUGUAAAAUUAGUUUUUCAGCGGUUUUUUGAGAAGUUUCAUCAGCUUAUUUGUGUUGCUGACAACAGCUAAGUAUGUUCAUACUCUGAUAAUAAUUAGCUGAAAAGUAAUUGAUUAUUAACAGAAGCACCUCUUUUUAAAGGUCAAAUUUGACUUCAGGCUAAAAUAUUUAUAACCUGUGUUAAUUCUCAGUUUUCAUUGUCUCCUAGAAUAUAUUUGAGAAUCAACCUACCUUGUAGAUUUACAAAUGUAAUCAACCUGCAGAUAGAUUUCAGAAUUCCACAAAUUAGUAGAUGCCCUUAAAAUUAAGUCCUCCACUGUUAUCAGUUACUCCCAUAUUUUAUAUUUUUGUUGUUUAUUAUAUAAAUAGACAUCAUAAAUUCCCAAAAAAUACUUCAUGUAAAUAUUUCCUUUGCACUUAUAGCUAUCCAGAUGUGAUGAUGCCUGCUUACAAUCGAUCACGCUGGUCUGUCAUCUACUUUGCGGUCUACAUUUCAGUAACUCUUUACUUUCUUAUGAAUUUGGUAAGAAAAAACUCUAUUAGCUUCUUAUCAUUAACUGUCAGAAACGAAGGUCAUAUUUUUUUGUGGCAACACUUGAGGUUUUUUGUUUAUUUUUACUUGACUGUGCGGUCUCCAAAGCUCAGAAAGCUGCAUGUACAUGUAAUUCCAUUUUUUUCUCAACCCGAAGAGCGCUUUUUAUGCAAAAUACUAUGUAAUUUCAUGACAAUUAUAUAAUAAUAAUAAAGCACAUUCCUCAUGCAUUGCAGAAAACUGUUUUCAACUGUUUAAUUUUUUGUAAAAUCAUCAGUAUAUUUGAAUAAGUUGUCACUCCUUUAAUAGCAUUUCAUCCAUAGAUUUCAAAGGAGGGAAACUCAGACCUCUGACAUGAAAAGAAUCAGAUCUACUCAAAAACUUAGACUUGCAAGACUUAUUAAAUAAAACAAACCUUUGAACUUUUGCAAGAAACAAUUAUGUGGCCUCGUAACAUACCAUUUUGGGUUUCAAUGACAGUAAUUUCUUCCUUUUAAUAUCAGCUUCUGGCAGUUGUUUAUGACACCUUUACCAACAUUGAAAAGGCUAAGUUUAGAAAGCUGUUCCUUCACAAGAGGUAAAAAUAACAUUCCAGGUAUAUGGACUUAAUUAUGUUUAAAGUUACUGUUAAAGAGUUGUUUUUUGUAUAGGGUAUAAUAUUGCUGUGUUUUCUUGAAUAAGCUCCAGGAGUCCAGGUGCCUCUUCUUUGAGAAAAGGGGUAUGGGGGCACUUAUUUGAAGAAAAGUGCUCAAAUUUAAGGGGUGUUUAUAUUGUGGCCCAAAUUUUAUUUCCAGUUUGUUGAGGUGCUAUUUAAACUAAGAAAAGUAGGCAAAAUUUAGUUGUUAUAGUCUUUCUAAAUGUGUUAAGUUAGAUGUUUGCUUUUAAAUGUGACAAUUUAUAGAUCCUAACAUUAAAAUACCUUUUCUUCUUCAAGGCAUGCUGUUAGACAAGCCUAUAAGCUGCUCUGCUGUAAGAAUGUAAGCUUCACAUUUAAUGAAAAUGAAAAUAAUCUUAUAGUGUGGACAUAGUAUAUUAGAAGCAGCAAGUAUUUAAUAAAGACCAGCUGGCUGAAAAAAACAAAUCACUCACUUCACUGGAAACGACAUUCUUUUUGUAAUCAAAAGUACAAAGUUCGCAGUGUUCUUUAAUUCUGAUGCUUCUUUCAAAAGUCAGCCCCUUGGACAUUUUAAUGGGCUUUUUAUUUAAUACAAUCAAAAUCCUUGUUUUGUCAGCAAGUUACAUGGCAAUAAUGAUACUUAAUGUUAAUAAUACUUUAAAUAUCCUCUCCCCUAGUUAUGGAGCUUUUCAGGGAUAAUGAAACAAAUAAUUUAAAUGACACAUAAUAUCAUUAAACAGUCCGCAACAGUAGGAGGCGAACCAGUUGGCUGUUUACAAACAUGGCCGAGGAUUUGAACUCAGGACUACUGUAAUGGUUAUCUUUCAUUAUUAUAAGAAUUCCUAGGAAUUCACAUUAUAUUUUAUUCUUUACUGGGAAUUCCUAGGAAUUCUUUCUAAAUUCCUAGAAAUUCCCGAAAUUCCAAAUGGAAAUGAAACUAGACUUGAAUUCCUAGGAAUUCCUAGAAUUCAACCUACAAGAAUUUAAAUCACAAAAAUUCUUAGAAAUUCCCAGAAAUUCCUAGUAAUUCCUAGGAAUUCUUAGGAAUUCCUAGGAAUUCUAGGAGUUUACAGGUUUCAAGGUCCAAUGCCAGGAUAGUAAAGUAUACUCAAAUUUAAUGAUUAAUUACCAACUGGAGAAAGCAUGGAAAUUGCAUUUAAACAAGUUUAUGAUAAUAAUGUUCAAAAUCACAUCUUAUGGUACACGUUGUUUUUUAAAAAAUUGAAUAAAGCAAUUAAAGUCCUGAGAUAUAAAUUGUUCUUGAGUCAUUAUUGAAAAAUUGUGGGACACAUUUGUAACUGGAAUAAUACAGCAAAAGAGUCUUGACUGAAUUAAUUUUACAGCGGGAACAUAUAUGUAAAAAAAGAAAAAGUCAGGCCAACUUGAUUCCAGCAAGCUUAUCUGCUAAGCCCUUAUUAAGCCGCUCUUUUAAUUCAGGACUCAAACUGAGAACAAAAUAAUGAACUGGAAACUAAAAUACUCGUAGUACAUGGCGUUUAAACAUACUUGUUCAUGACUACAGUAGAAGCCCGGCGGUGAACUCGAACUCUAAAGGGAAACGAAAAAUAGUUCGAUUUUAAGUGGGGAAUUCGAGUUAUCGGGGUAAAUUUCAGUGAAAUCUUGAUCAAGAGAAAGCAAAUUUAGUUCGACUUAGCGGAGAAUUCGAGUUAUCCGAGUUCGAGUUAUCGAGGUUCUACUGUAUUAAAUCCGCCAGAAUCUGAUCGAGUAUUAGCUUAUUCACGUAGAAUUCCAUCAACCUUUUGCAACAACGACUACAGUUAUGUCUCCAGUAAACAAAAAGGAACCAAUAAAUGGUUUUCCAUGCCAUCUUGAAGUUUCGUGUUCAUAUAUCGGAACGAUCUAUAAUUUCACUUUGAUCUCCAGCUUCAUUAUUUGAGUAUGUGGUUACCAUCAGAAGACACAUUACGAAGCAGGAACGUACCUUUACCUUUCACAAUCCAGCUGACUUAUCGUUCUCGGACAUGACUAGAAGCACGUUUCAUGUGUCAACAACAAAAUAAAUGAACAAUCCGCGUUUAAAAUAACAUCAAUUUCGGAUGCAAAAUACUUGUGCUCUUGCUAAUGAAAGUCCGCGUGAAUUUGAACUCACCAAACGGAACUUCAUUUCACACUUUUCCAUUGGUUCAAAAGGCGCACGUGAUGACGCAGUUCACUUAGUGGGGAGACUGGUAACCAGUAUAGCUCAAACAUGGCGGAUGAUUUUGCUCGAUGAUGAGCAAGUUGAAAAAAGCGGUCGUUUUCAGAGCUAAAUAAAAUAUUCCAACGCUUUUGAGGUAUAAGCAGCGAGAGGAAAACUUCGUAUUGUUUUUUCAAGAAGCGAUGACCUUUUAUUAGGCAAAGCCGCGAUGAAAAACGUGUUGUGGGCGUUUGGAAAGCUCAGGUACGAGAAGUGGCUCUUUGAAUAAGCUUUCAGUAUCGUGCUUAUUGUUGAUAAUUUUUUUUAAAGAUUUAAGUCGCAAUAAAUGUUGUAUAUAGAUGCUGGUUAAUGUCAAGAAACCCUUGUUGUUAUAGGCAAUUAAAGAAAUGAUUAUAAAAAUUUUUUACGCUUUUUAUUACCUUUGAACACUUAUACGGUUUCACCCAAAAAUUAAGCCAGUGUUUCCAAGUUAACAAUGACUUGGAAUUAUUGAGAAUUCCUAGGAAUUCCCACAAAUUCUCAUUGGUGUUUUAGCAAUUCCCAAUAAUUCCCAUAAGUUCCAAAGACAGUUUCCUUCAAACUUGGAAUUAUUGGGAAUUCCUAGGAAUUCCCAAAAAUUCCCACUGGUGUUUUAACCCAUUCCCAAGUUAAUUCCCAAAUAUUCCAAGGUUUUUUAUCUUUGCUCAUUUGCAUGUCUUGGAAUAACUUGACAUUCAAUUAAAACACCUUUUCAUUUCUUAAAUAAUCCAAUCCAUAUUUCAGGGCUGGGACUCGAAUCAAAUUACAAGUCCAGCACUCUAACCACUUGGCCAUGCUACCUCCAUAUGUUUCAACAUAUUUUUGCUAAGAGUUAGUUUCAUAUUUUGCUAUAGCCUCCUUACAGGAUCCCUUUACAACAUUUUGUUGGCUUGAUGUCAUUCUACAAACCAAGGAGCAGUAAGUUUCCUUUCUUUACUUUGUUGUUGCACUUUUUUAACUUAUGUUGUCUGGUUUCUUACAUUUUUUACCUUAUGCCCAAUUGGUGACCAGCUAGUUUCUAGUUUCUUACUGUAUCACUGCCCAAACAUAAGCACAACCAGAUAGUUUUUUGCAGUUUUUCAUGGCUCUUGGCUGGUCACACAUUAACACAGUUUAUCACCGUAUUUCUGUAACGCAUUAGUGAGCUGGGAAAAAAUACAUACACAUGAAAGCAAAACAAAGUUAGUAUUUUCUUAAUAUUAUCAAUUAAGUGGUAUCGCAUCUGGCACAAAGCCGUUCAUUAUGCGGUCAGUGGAAAAUGCAGACUGCUGACUUCACCAUGCCAAUGAGGUGACAACCGUAGUUCCAUUGUUUUCUAACCUUAAAAACAAUAGUCUGCUGUCAUCCGCAGUCUGCAUUUUACGCUGCCAUGCCCUGUUCUUUAUUUACUAUUCUGAAUUGAACUCUAAAUGUUGGUUUAUGAGAUGGUAAAUGAGAAUACAUAGAGAAAAACCUCUCGUUGCAAGGAAUAUGAAGGUUGAAGUAAUGAAAACUCAAGUCACUUAAAGUUUUUCCCAGGAUUCAAACCUCAGAGGCCACACUUGGGUAGUAAUGUUACAGGUCAAAAUUAAAUUCAGGUUAAAAUUUUUCGACCUUAGUUGAUUUGCAAUAUUAUUUCCUUUGUCUCCUAGCCCUAAUUCAUGAAUAAUCAGGGCUAGGAAACAGAGGAAAUUGAGAAGCAAUCUACUGGUAGGUUAAAAGAAAUUCAACCUGAAUUUAAUUUUUUUACCUGUAACAGUAACCUUUGAUCAGAUGGACGAGGGUUUCUUUCCUUUUUCCCAUUAAUAUGCCCUCUCCCCUUGAAAAAAGGAACUUGUGAUCACUGGUUACACUCACUGGUGGGACAUCAACUGCUCAUCCCACUACACUGCUCUUUUCCCUUCUCUAGACAUAGAAUAUUAAUAAACUAUUGUAUUAAUUUCUUCCACAGCACCUGUGGAGAAAUAUCUUGUAUUCAAGUCACUGAACACAAGCCAUACAAAACAUUUAAGGUAUGAACAAGUAAUUUUGUUUUACUAAUAUUACUAUACUAUUCCAGUUUUCCAUCAUUAUAUCCAGCCCUCUGUCAAUCUCAAAUGUGUCUUUCUUGUCGGUAAAUCUUUACUGUUUUAUUCUCGCUUUUGUUGCCAGUUUGGAGGAGUUUUAUCAUGUCUUUGAAAACAGUGAGAUGAAGUGGAAAAGAGUAUGUAUGCCAAGUUGUUAUAAUCCUUCCGUUCCCAGAAAAAGCCAAAGUAAAAAGAUUUCCUUUUUGUAAAAUGCUGACAUAGAAAUUAAUAGUACCAUGCAGAAAAAAAAAGUUUUCUACAGACUCAAAUGUUUCCUAUUUCAUUCAGUCUAAGAGUGAAAGGGUUACACAAUUAUUUAUUGUGAAUAUAACUUUUCAGUAUGUAUUUAUAAUUAUUUAAUUGGACUGUGCAGAGCUCUUGUUUAAGGGUGUCAUGAAAUGUUUUUUAUGUGCAUUCCCUAACACCCCCCCCCCCUCCCCCCCAAAAAAAAUUGGAAAAAAAGGCUGUUUCUGAACUAGAUAGAAGCAAAAUCACUUAGCUAUAAGUUGGUAGAUUGCAAGCAAAGUUGGAUAUUUUUAUUGCAUUUCGUCCAUUGGUGGUUGUAUGUUGUUGUGAAAGUUCUUGGGGCAAAUGGGUGAAGAUGGAGCCUGGACUUCAGAUAUUAUGUAUUGGGUCUGAGGUGUGUGAAAUACCAAAUUUAAUUAUACUAGAAACAUAUAUUUCCAAAACUCAGAGCAAAAAGGGUUUAAAACUACUUACACUCGAACUUCAUUAGCAAAGGUAAAAUGGGUUUUGGUUAUGCCGUAACGGAAAAAUUUGGUACAUAUUCCCAGAGACGACUGUAAAUGACCAGGAGGUCCAGUCCGUUGUCCGUAUUCAGAAAGGGUUUUCUUUGUUUGAGGCGAUGGUCUUGAAUGAAAACAUUCGAUUUGUUUUAAACAUUUUUUGUUAUGAGUCUUGGAAAUAGUUGUUUCCAGUAAGUCUUUGCCAGAGCCGAGGAACAACAGUAAGAUAUAGUUGUGGUUUACAGUAUGGUUUCUUUUCUUUUCAGAUCACAAAGGACUACAAUCAAUGGUUUCAUUGCCUUAAACGAUGGAAGUGUCUGUAUAAUACUGUCAAAGGUCAGUGCCACCAGGUGAACCAGGUAAAAUGUUGUUCUGAGCAUCUCAGCCUCCCCUCCCUGGUCACACACUCUCUGCAGUCCCUGACAAGUUCUCCAUGUUAACUGUGUGGUUAGAAAAGAAAAGGCCCUUUUAAGUCAUUUAGCCCAUUUUUUUUAACAGGUAUCCGAUGGAUAAUCACAAGAAAACCAUUUGAGUACUUCAUUUGUAAGUUAAAUUUGUGCAGAAAUUCUGUCAACCCUCUAAACCCCAAAAUUCAGAGUCUCAUUUGUUGCUCCUAUAAUUGAGUCUGCUAUAGAGUAGGUAAUAUAAUAUAUUGAGUACUAGGAGGAUGUUUUACUCUCUUACUCUUUUUUAAGUUCAUUCACAUUCGGAAUUUGUAAAUUGUUUCUGAAAAGCCUGUUGAGGAUCGAUGUUACUAUUAAAGUUUUAUUAUUAAAAAAAUACUAAUGAUUUUACAAUAAAUAUACACUGCUGUUGAAAACAGUUUUCUGCAAUUAUGCAUGGGGGAUGUGCUUUAUUAUUAUUAUCAUUAUCAUUAUCAUUAUCGUUAUCAUUAUUAUUAUUAUUAUUAAAGUAGUGGGAGGAAUUCGUGAAGUAUUCUUAGAUGUAUCUUUAGUGAUCAUGUCCUUAUUCCCAUUAAUCAACAAUGUGUUGUGUUAAGCAUUCAUAUAUUUACAAGGAAAAAUUUGAUGACAAUAACUCAUAGGGCUUAAAGGUUUAAAGGAUCUUCACUUAUUCCAUAACGGAGAAUAAUAUUAUUAUUUUUGUUGAUGUGUGUUAAGUUGGCUUUGCUUUGCCCUUUUGUCGUUUUUGGUGCAAUCAAACCACAAUUGCAGCUACGACUGGUUUAUUGGAUUGCGAGCCAUGCUGUUAAAGUUGGUCAGCUUUGGAUCGGGGGUGCAUCCUCUAGCUGAUUACAUCUCUAUACACAGACUACCAGCACUAUUAAAGCAUUUAUAGCAUCUUAUGGCAAUGGCUGCAAAAUUUAAGUACUUCCCUUUCUAACAUGAACUUUAUUUAUCCUGGAAUUUCAGAGUAGCCUGAAAAGCUAAUAUCUUUUAUGAUUUCUUUUGCAGAUUUUGUGAUCAUUGCAAAUGGAGUAUCAUUUAUUGUUGAUAUUAUUGUGUUUUCUCGUAAGUAUAGUGAUCAUGAGCUUUUAGAAAAACAAUGAUGAUUUUGCAACCCAAGUAUGACUUUCCUUGGGGCCGAAUAAGGGGAGAGGAAAUUAAUGCUUCCUCCCCUAAUUUCUACUAGAAAAGCUUAAUUCUCAAGCAGUCUAGUGUGGCUUUUUCAUGUGUAGCUACCAAUGCCCCCCCCCCUGCUUUUAAGAAAAAGUUGUCACAGUCUGCUUAUUCCAGGGUUUAUUAAUAUUAAAGUUGUUUCAGUAAAAGUAUACAUUUUCACACCCAGGCGAGAUCAUUGUAAAUGUAUAUCCAUUGCUCUUACUUUUCUGAGGCUAAACAUAACAAGCAGUUAUUAAUGUAAAGUGGUAAAAAAACCUUGUAGCGUAGUUGUGCUAGCGUCUGCUAUAUAUUUUGAUGUUUGAGGUGCUGGGCUUCACCUAGAAUCAGAUGGAGCUAAAAACAUGUUUUGCCCAACAGAUGUAAGCUUGACCAGAGAUAUAUAAGUCUUGCUGACAGGAAUUUCAAAAUUUACAGGCACUCCACUGAAUGAAAGAGCCAACCAAAGAGAAGAAAUCAAAUGGUAUCAUGUUGUCUUCAUUUCUAGUGAGUUGUUUAUUGGUUAUGUUGUUUGGUUACAUUUCUUGUAUUUCAAUUCUGAAAAUGAAAAAAAGAGAGUUUUUCAGGCUUUAGAAAUAGCUACAGAAACCCAGCACUCGACUCUAAGUGAAGUUUAUAAAAGGUAUGCAGUGAACAGGUUAAAGACACAGUGUAGACCAGCUCUGGAAACCAAUGAGUUUCACCUCAGCAGUGGUUCCUCAUGAGAAGGAAGGCGCAUCCAAUAUCCUGUUCUUCACUUAACCAAUGGGCAAGUAAAAUUUUUGGGGAAUUCAGAUUACAGAAGAACUGUAAUCAAGCCCACUCAUCAUCAAAAAUGUUUUUUGGUCAAGUUAAAAUGACUCUUGGGCUAGUAUAUGCUACAACCAGUUGCAAAAGUACUUGAGACAGGAUGGUAUUAACAUACCAGAAGCUGAUCCUACUGUACUGUAUUUUGGCAUAAAUGACCUGUCCAUGAUCUUGUGCUUGUGACCCCCCUCCACCCCUUAUCAAAGUUGCUAGCAAUACAAGACCAUACUCCAAACUUGGAGGAACACCUUUGAAUGGGAGGGAGGAGGGAGGUCAGUAUUAUAUCUCACAGACCUGUGACCAGGAGCGAUUUGAAGCAAGAAAGGUCGUUUUUCGUGGGAGUGUCUCAACAUUUUUGCAAUUGGUUGUAGCUACAGCAUGCACUGUAGCUGAUGGCAAGCUGUAAAAAUGACUCUCUUCGCACACUGCCCUAAUGUUUCCCUUAGUGCAGGGAUGUCUGCUUUGACAUGAUUGCCUACAACUCAUUGUAACCAAUUUUUUUUUUGUUUACUUUAUUCUUUUUUUUUCUUAGUUUACACGGCUGAAGCGUUUUUAAAAAUAGUCGGUUAUGGACUGAGAAAGUACUUACUAUCUGGUUGGAAUAUGUAAGUAUUGUUAAUAUUGACCAGUUUUGUCUCAUACGUUUACAUCAGUACAUUUACGUUAAACAUUCUUAUUUUCUAAAAUCGUUUUUAGAAAAAUUAUGUAUUCUUGGGCAAAAGAACUUCAAAAUUCAUGUGGUCAGUGCUUCAGUUCUUCUUCUAACAGUCAUUUUACAAUGAUAAAUACUAAUUUGGUAUGCAGAUAAUACCACUAAUGCUCUUUUCUGCCAUGCAUUUUUUUGUUUUUUUGUUUUUUCAGAAAAUAAGAACCUAUUUAAGAACCUAUAGCCUAAAUUUGUGCUAAUUAAUGUUUAGGUAAGAACUUUUUGGGCUAACUUGGGAAAAUGCUGGUUCUUACUGGCAGGUUUUUACUGUACUUAUUACCUCUCCUCUUUCUGUUUUCUUCACAAAAACCUCCAUACUGUAGGUCUCAGGCAAAAAUGCAUACAUCAGUGGAGGGCUGUCAGUAAGCAUAGUGUGCCUUUACAUGCUAACUUCUGUUUCCUUCGAAAUUCAGCUAUUGGCUGAAAAUCAGGAAAGUUAGCACCCCAUUAUCAUGAUGAUGAUGAUUAUUAUUAUUAUAUUAAUUAUCUUUUAAGAUUGGAUUCCGUAUGGAUCAAUAUGGAUCAACUAACAUUUUGUCCUCUCAUGUACACACCUUUUGUCCCGCAGAUUUGAUUUUUUGGUGACUUUGUUUGGUUUCAUUGGAGCUAUCAGCCCAACGUCCUUCAGUUUUAUCGUGUGUCUCAGACCUUUGAGGCUUUUGCUGUAAGUUUUUGUAUAAAAAUUUGAAUCAUUUUGUCUUGCAAUUCCAGAGGUUUGAUUGACUUAGUGGUCGAAUAUUUAAAUUAUCAUGCCUCACCCGGUAAAAAGCGGUCGGCAUUAAAUCACCUUUAUAUGUUAUGGUCCAUCUCUUUAAAGAAGGCAGUUAUUCCAGUAAAGCCCUUUGGAUGGAAGAGAUUAUGGCCAACUCAUUGCUAGGCGCUCCAGCAAAGUGCAUUAUAUUACCUACUAUGCAAAAGUUACUGUAGUCCUUCAAAACAAAUUAUAAUUCGGCCAACUUACGCAUACAGUUGGCGUUAUUUCAGUCCAACACAAAUUAAUUAAUUAAUUAAUUAAUUAAUAUGAUGAAAAAUUACUUUCACAUUGUGGUUCUUUGCCAACACUAUUCUGGACUGAAUUGGAAUUUAGAAAUGUUGGUUUUUGAAGAGACGGUAGAACCACAAUGUUCAAAGCCGAUUUCACAUGCUUGCCCCAUUUCUUAACUUAACUUGAAACGAUGGUGCAUUUUUCUUCUGUCAGACUGUUCAAGCUUAAGGAGAGGUACCGUGACGUAUUUGAGACGGCAGGUGUUUUGCUACCACGAAUGCUCAGGUACUAUUGCAUAUCGAUGCAUACACGAGAUGCAAUGCAAAUAGUAGGGUAAUUCAAGGUUUUGAGGGACGUUCCACGUUCCAAGAAGUUGUGUUACCCGUACGACAGUGCACCAACGUUUAAUAUUCUUGAGUUCUUUAGGUGUUUCCCUUUUCUUCUUACAGUCGAACCUCGCCAUAACGGCCACCUUGAGGACAGAAGAAAGUGGCCGUGAUGUGAAGGAAGGGGUGUCAUAAGACAUUUUUUUUAGGGAGUACAGCAUGUUUUUUUGUGCUAACUGUGUCCCAUAAUCAUGGUAAUUCAAUCGUUUAUAACGUAUAGAGAUCAAAUACACAAAAAGCUUGAAUUAUGUCUUGAAUCAAAUAUUAACGUGCCAAAACGAGCAAGGUCGCAACAUUCCCUCUAAGUAUCGUAGACCAUUUUUGCUUACUGCAGCAGUAUAAAUUGAGCAAAAUCAAAAUACGAUUGCCGCGACUGAUCGUAAUCGUGCCAUACGGAUCAAUUCGGGACCAUUCUUGACUUUGUGAUCAGCCGCUGAAAAAGUCUACAUUGUGCAUAGAGAGAGAACAACAUGUGUCUCUUACAGCCUGCCAACAAUCUGAAACCCAAGUCUGUGGGAUAUGAACCGUUAAUUAUCUUUCAAUGGCAUCAAAAUCAUCUCAUGCAAGGAGAAUAAUGUAAAAACACUUUUCCUCCAUAGGGUAGCACUAGUAAUCAUUCUCCUGUAUUAUUCGUUUGGUAUUAUUGGAAUAGAAUGCUUCUCGGGUCUUCAGCUCCAUAACUGCUGUCCGUAAGUAUAUCUCUUAAAUGUUCUUGACUUCAUUUUAUUGUUCUGGGAGUACUAUAAAGUGUCUAUGGUCCUUCCGUGUCUGUAUUGCCCAUUCCACCUAGAGUCUGCGCUAAGCCCAUUUUAUACGUCUGUAAGGGUAUCCCAUGAUGUGAUCAAUCAUGUAAACCUCUUUAUAAGUGUUUUUGAAUGGUACCAUUUCUUUGCAGUAUCCUAAGCAAUAAGAAAAUCUGAGGGGUUUUUGUUGUUGUCAUUUUUAGGCAUUAUUGAGAGUUAGAAGGUUUAAAAAUAUAUUUUUUUUGUACAGAAACACUUCAUUUGGGGGAAGUUACGAAGAAUCUGGAUAUUAUUAUUUAAAUAACUUCGACGACUUGCUGCAUUCAUACGGUAAGACUCUUCAUUCAGCCUAAUAACCACGUAUAACCUUUCUUUAGGGAUAACUGACAUAAACUUUCAAUUGAUAUUUUUUUCUUGCAGUGACUCUUUUUGAGCUGACAGUGGUCAAUAACUGGUUUAUUAUUAUGGUAAGAACUGAACUAUUCACAGAAAAAUGUAACAAUAGCGAUUUCCUUUUGACCUUGAAAAAUGGUUUCCGUAGUAAAAAGAUGAAAACAUGCAUAAUCAUUUCAAGGUCAGAUAAAAUUUCUCUGUUUAUUAUGUCGCAAGCCAGGGACAAAGAAAACUGAAAGCACCGAGUCAACCUUCCGUAUAGCCUUAACAUUAGGCUCCCCAGGACUGUAACUAAGAUUUCAAUUUGCCCGGUAAAUACAACAAGUAGGCGGGGAAUCAAACAGCUAGGGAUUUCGAUUGAUUCUGUUUUUCUUCUAAUUUCCUAUGAAAGUAGCCGGGGAAAUCCCCGGACCCCGCCUCUUAAUGACAGCCCUGGGCUUCCUAGGGGGCAAAGGGGAGAAAAGAGCUAAACUAAAGAAAAGCCCUCCCUCUCUUCUCAUCCUCCCCCUUUUCCGCCCCCUUUCCCCUCACCAUGGCUUGACGCUCAGUUUACCACCCCUUUGCCAGUCGGUGCUCUAACUACUGAGUGACGGAGGAACUCGUGGAACUUAUGAUGUUUCGGUCUUUUAUGCUCUGUUCACACUAGGAUACGUGCUGACAGCUGUUAAUUAAACUUGUUCAUGCUGAAUCAAAGUACUGUUUAGAUCUGCAAGCUUUGAAGUUCACACUGACAGUGAACAAGUCAGUAAUUACAGUCAACUAUAGUCUCUAAUACGGACACCGUGUCCGUAUAUUAGAGAGGCGUCCGUAUAAAAGAGGUCACUAUGAUAACGUCACUUUUAUGACUCCACUUACAGUUCUAAGUGUUCAGUAGCUAAAACCAUGCUCACACUCGCACACACACACACACUGCAUUUUAAGUUAUUAAUUCACAGUACAGAGACACUGUCUUUCGUUAACAGAAAAUAUUGUACAUCUCAGACAAAUUACCGUUUUAAAACGAAACGAGGUACAGCGCAAUGCCGCAUGUAAACAGAUGUAACGUAAAGCACAAUUCUGAAAGCGUUUUUUGCUAUUUAAACAGUAACUAGAGUACAAAAUAGAACAGAUCUUUUGCUCUCUGAAGUUACUGAAGCCUUCAAAAAGUCGAUUAUGUUCCUCCGUACACCUGUCGUAAAUCGUUGUUUGAUAUACAGCGACUGGGCUUUUGAAAUGACCUUGCAUAGCUCACAAGCCAGACUAGACGGGUCCACGUUGUGCAGAUUCAUCUGAUCGAGAUUCGGGAUUCACCUGAUCACGGCUGUGUGCGUAAUAAAGAGGUUAAGUUUAUAUGAAUUUACUUUCUGGAGCCGAGAUUUAGUGUCCGUUGUCCGUAUUAGAGAGAGUCCGUGUGUAAUAACGACCUGGAUGUUAGGAUUGCGGGCUCCUCUUCUCGCCCGCGAAAAUGCGGGGUAAACGUUUCAAACAUACUAGGCUAUUUGUCCGCUUAAUGCAGGGUGUUCGCUUAAUAUGGGGUCCGCUUAAUACAGGUUACACUGUAUUGUCAUGAAUUUUUUGGGGGGCACAUCUGACCUUCCUGUGUUUUUUACUUAAUAGGAAGGGGUUGUUCACAUGACAUCAGAGUGGGCCAGAAUCUUCUUUAUGUCUUUUUACAUCGUUACCAUGGUGAGUUACUGAACUGUACGGUUCUCCUUUUUAAAAAUUACCCUAGGCGUUUACUAAUUUUUUUGCUUUUUUUUUAACCAGGUUGUUAUGACCAUCAUUGUAGCGUUUAUUCUUGAAGCUUUUCUCUUCAGAAUUCAAUAUCGCAAAGAACACCCUACAGACGAAAAAGGUACCUUUUUGACUGUUACAGUUUGAUAGUUUCUUGGUAAAUCACCAAUGGGACUGAUUUAUGCUAAGGAGGUUUACCUCGGUGUAAGAACCUAUGAACUUUUUGGGGGGGUUUGUAUCUAGGUUCGCAAGUGUUGACUUCUUUGUGUUUUUCGUCACCCACGUGUUCUACAGGUUCUUACACCGAGGAUGAAAAAGCGUAGAGAGGUUGUCAUUGAGAUCGGACGCCAGGUUGUUCAGAUACAAGUUCAGUUAGUUUUUCUACCGUCCACCCAAGACAUUAGGGAGAUUAAGCAGCAACGAAGGUGACGGCUACGAAAACGUCACUUAAAAGUGAAUUCGCGCUGCCUCAAACUUUUUCGCGCUUAUUUAUCUCGUUUAAUACAUCAAAUGUUGGCAAAUCAGGAAAAGAAUCAGGAAAAGAAAAAGAAAGUUGUUGUCUUGUGUUCCCGUCCUCGACAAAACGUGAAAAUAGGCACUUUCACAUUGUAGUCUUACAACAACGGCUUAGAAAUGUACAAAGAAGGGUGGUGCACGUGCAAAGUUGUUGUUUUUCUAAUCUAAACCUUUUGCCGUACUCGUUGCCGUCGCCUUCGUCUUUGCUUAAGCUCCCUAUUGUUUCGAAUGGUUGCAACAUUGUCGUGGUUCCAUCAUUGCAACGCUGUGUUGCGCUAAAAAUCGUCGUUGCGAAUCGUCUCGUGUAACAUCACCUUUAUAGGUGUCCGCUCUAGAGAGACCAACGCAAGAUGUUGUUUUCUCGUGAGAGAGUCAGCUGUAUUUCCCUUUCCAGGUCUAAAGUCCUGUGAUGUAACAACAGUUUCACGUUUUGCAGAUGUGUCGCAUUAGGAGCGAAUUUUAAAUAGUGUGAAAAGAGUUUUUAGUGGGUCAUCUAAUACACCAAAAUUGCUGGAAUUUUAUUUGAUUUUUUCCCUUCACCCAACAGAGGACAUGAAGAUACGGAAGGAGAUCACAGUUAAUUAUGAAGAGCUUCUGGCGUUAGGUGAAGAGUAUGUGACAGACGUACAGCCUCAUCAGACUGUAAGUACUAAGGCUGCCUGUCCUCAUUUUAUUUGUGGCGACUAAUUGAGGUAGUUUCUCCGUGUUGCUGAUGAGUGCGACCACCAAAUGACGUAAUACAAAAGAUUAAAAUGACACUGAGGAGUAUCCACUUGCCACAAAACAACACCUAACCAACAUGUAUCCUUGUGUUGUCUUGCAGGUCCAGUAUAUAGGAAAACGGUCCAAAACCAAGAUGGAUUUAAGCAAAAAAAUGUAUGCAGAUGAAGUUGAGGUAUGGUUUAGCAACAGAUCCCCGGCUACGAAAAAUUUAUAUUCAUUUACAUUUUUUAUUCUAAUUAAGAGGGAAAAGUGACAAAGAAAAUUUUCUUUUCAUCAGAUGACCGAGGGACAAUUUUUACCCAAGCCACAUCACCCUGAGGGGAUAAACACGAAGUAUCGUCAUUUCUUACCGUUACCUCUUUUGUCUUCUAAGAAUCCGCGAGAGGGGAGAAAUCUCGGGGGGUACUCCUGGGAAUUCAUGCUGGGGGUGGUGUGCCGCCUGGUUUUUUAAGUCCUGAUCCUAUUUCAGACCAAAAAGUGUCAUUUCCACACCCGUUUUCAGACCUGGCCUUUAGUCAGAAAUUAUGUCAUAACAGGAACGCCCUUACAGCGGCGUUCAGUCUCGCUUGCUUGGAGAUUAGAUUUAGAAAUGAGGAGGCAAUUAAUUCUACACGAAACAGGAAUUACUCGCUAAAGGUUUUUUACUUCCUACUUUAUCGACGUUGAGUAUUCUUUAGGAUAUUUACUUUUUAUUUGUUUCUCAAUUGAUUUACUACGCGUGUUAGCGACGACUAGAACCACGUGUAAGGUCGCAAGGCAUUCCCCUUCCCCGCCUUUAUGUGUCAUAAAUACAAAGAAAAACGGCUUGCAGACUAUGAGUCUCAAAAAAAGAAUGCAAACAAAAAAAUUCUUCAAAUGCAUUUCGAAUUCGCAUAUUUCUCUUUUUUUCUUAUUCAUUUGGAAUUGAAGUGACAAAUACGUCCAUACGCCCCCGUAGUUCCCUCGAAAACGAUACCCUAUUGCAGAAAUGGGUGAAGUGUAUACCCGUUUUCAGACCAAAAAGGCCCAAAAACCAUACUCUUUAGGAUGGCACAUAUCUAUAUGGCUUAUAUCAGAGAGUACCCCCCCCCUUCCCCCACCCGAGGAGGGGAGAAAUCUGAAGGGUUUCUAAUUUGUCACGAGAAAGGAUACCGUUGACGGCAGCUUAUAAGCCGUGGGCUUAUACAUCUUUGUAAGGAGUCUUAGGAGGGCUUAUUAACAGAGGGGCUUAUAUCCGAGGGGGGUUAUAACAGCAAAUAUGCUGUAAACUGCCACUUAUAAGCCCUGGGCUUACACAUCUUUGUAAGGGGUUUUAGGAGGGCUUAUUAACAGAGGGGCUUAUAUCCGAGGGAGGCUUAUAAUCGAAAAUAUGCUGUAAACUGCCGCUUAUAAGCCCUGGGCUUAUACAUCUUUGUAAGGAGUUUAGGAGGGCUUAUUAACGGAGGGGCUUAUAUCCGAGGGGGCUUACAACCGGAAAUAUGCUGUAAACUGCCACUUAUAAGCCCUGGGCUUAUACAUCUUCGUAAGGAGUUUAGGAGGGCUUAUUAACGGAGGGGCUUAUAUCCGAGGGGGCUUACAACCGGAAUAUGCUGUAAACUGCCUCUUAUAAGCCCUGGGCUUAUACAUCUCCUUAAGGGGUUUUAGGAGGUCUUAUAUAACUUGGGGGGAGGGAGGGUUUAUGAGCGGGAAUUUCCGGAAGUUUGUUUGUUUGUGCGUGUUUUCCUCUUCCACAACGAUCCUUGCUCUUAAAUGAUGGUGUUCAUUUACGUGAUGUGCUAAUUUGAUCACUAUUUUCUUAAUUAUGCCAAAUCUCUUUGUUACACGACUGUCUUCAUUUUCAUAGGUGAGGGAGGGAGCUCAUGUAAUAAGCCCUUACGUUUUCAAUUUGAGCUUCCUCGCCAGAAAAAUACCUCUAGUUCUUCCACCUAUGUAAUUUACGCCAUUUUUAAUCUGUAACUAUCUUUUUUGUAACGUAUUGAAUAACUGUAUAUUUUUUUCUGGCCAAAAAUUAAACUAAAACUGAAAAGGGAAAGGGAAGGAGGAAUUCCGGCUCGCGAGGAGAUUUUCCGCCCCGCGUGCCCCGCGCGCCCCUCGCGCUCUCGGGCUUGAAUUCUCCCUUCCCCAUUUCUUCCCCAUGUAACGCUUGCCACGUAGGCUAUAAUAGGGUCCCAUAAGAUCUGACGACGGUUACGGCAACGAGAACUUCAAAAAGGAGUAGGAGAGUAGAUUAGCAAAACAACAGUUUUGCACGUGCGUCACACUGUUUUGUACAUUUCUUUGCCGUGGCUGCACGACUACGACGUGAAAAUGGGUAAUUUCACGUUUUAUGGAGGACGUAAACAAGCAACGACGAAAGUUACUUUCUCUUUCUGAACCUGGAUAAGGCUCUUAGGGAUUCAAUUCCAGGAGAGUUCCUGUACGUAUGAAACAGUAAGUGAUAUGGAAUAAUUGCGAUGAAGAUUGGAAAACCGCGAAUUCACUUUUUAAUUUACGUUUUCGCUGCCGUCGCCGUCCUCGCGUCUUAAGGAUCAAAAAACGGUUUUCAUUUGCGUGACAUUUUUGUGUUGAGUGGUGUUCUUCACUUGCGUGACGCAUGUUUUCCUUUCAGCAAUGGAUUCAACAUGAAAGAACCAUUGAUAUGGAAGACGAAUUGGCUCGGUUUGAUGUUGUCGAGGAAACACCGCGCAGACCUGGAGUAACUGACGUCGUCAUUAUGAACAAUAUAGCUUGCGCCGAAGACACCGCCAUUUAAUGAGUUCAGGUAUAUAGGCAGUAUCUAACCCCAUAGGAAGAACAGGAAGUUUAGAAUUAGCGGGUUGUUAUUGAAUGUCGAUUAUAGGGUUCUUUUUAUUUAUUGAAAUUCAACUUCACAGUGAGGCCUAGACAACACAGCCUCUAAACCUCGUUAUCAAGUGAAACAUUGAAAUAUCCAAAGAAGCCGGUCACAUGUAGCCUGCGUGGCAGGCGCAAAAAGGGGAGGGGGAGGGGGGAGGGAGAAAGGGAAAAGGGAAGGGAGCGCCUGCUCUAAGAGCCUAUGUUUUUGCAUAACGCCUACCAAUUUUCUAGUAAUCCGAUUACGCUUACUGUCAAUCAAGUGUCGCUACACUCGCCAUUGCAGAAAAACAUUACACUCACGGACUAAAGAAAUUCGCUUAGUUAUUCAGAUCCAGAAACCCUUAUUCAGCCGUAAUAAAAAAAGCUUUACGCUUCAAAAGAGGUCAAAGAAAUUGCGCUUGCAUCAGAGGGCAAAUCCUGCCGACCAGAAAACAAUAACUACAGUCAAUCGAUAUGUAUGUCAUGACCUCUCAGUGUGAAACAUGCGGCUAAAAUAACAUUUUCUCGGUAUAAAUGCAGAACCUUCCAGAGCAUAAUCUACCCAGCAGAUAAAAACAACUUUAUUGGAAUAAGCAGCAUUUUGGCAUGAGGUAAAACCACCCUCUUUUAUUCCUAAGUUACAUCGGCGAAUGUCAUCGUUCGAUAAAUUGGCUAAAUCUUUCGCUGGGUAGCCCAACAAUUCCAUCUCCUGCAACUGGUCUUCGAUAAUACCUUUCAGUGGCGAAAUGACGAGAAUCGCCGCAUUACCAUUUAGCUCGUAGUUCUUCGCGCGUACAAACAUUUGGUAAAUUAAAUUCUUGCCGUAUCCGGUCCGCGAAACCGCCAGAACAUCUCUGUCGGCUAAAAGAGCCCUUACUGCUGAUUCUUGCUCUGGUUUUAAAACAGUUUCUCUACCACUAGAUAAAUUUACAUCUCUCAAAGCACUCUCUACGACAUCCACGUCUACCGCUGCCAUCUCGACUGUUUGUUGAUUUGUGAAACGCGCAUUUCAAUAUGUUACUCAUUACGGCUCAGCCAAUCAGGAAUUUGCGGACGCCAGCGUCCGCAGAUAUGAACAAAAGGGGGUUCUUAGAGCAGGCGUCCCCUCCCCCUCUCUCCAAUCCCCCUCCCCUUUUUCCCUUCCUCCCUAUCCCCUACCCCUCCCCUUUUUGCGCCUGCCACGCAGGCUAGUCACAUGUUGACUUUUUUACAUUUUUUUAAGCUUUCUAAUCGGCUGACCAGUACUUACACGUACUAAAGUAAUCACACCAGCAAUGCUUUAAAGCUAUUGAGAAGCAAACAUAAACUGCCAUGGUAAAGGGUUCUUCUCUCGCUUUUGGUGCAGAUUACACUUCUUAGACGCUGCACUUGUUGCAGGUCCUCCCACCGUCAGUACCUUCUGUUUCCUUUCCACUCUUGUCACCAACCUCGUCCCCAGGGCUUUGAGUCCCUAGCUCGAAUUCUGAUUGGUUUAUGUCGUUUAUUGACGCCGUCCGAUCACAUAAAUAUUUAUAACUAGUUCGGGGUGCGUAGGCUGUGUGAGCUGUCACCGUGUGACGAAUAAAAACCACGCGAAACGAUUUUUAUGUGAACAAUUCCGAAGGCGAGCAAAAAGAACCAAUAUAGAGUUUGCUCGCUGGCUAUUGUGUAACAAGCCCUAACCCCAAACCGUUGAAAUGUCAGGUCUAUAGGUUUAAUUAGAGUAGGUCCUCUUCUUUUAGAAAAUGAUUUGAAUAGCGUAUGGUGAGAUAAGAUGCAGUACUUUGAAGCAGGCAAGUCAAAAAAGUGGGAAGAAAGCGUAGAAGAAAACUAACAGAUUCAGUUUAGGUGUGAUGUUGUUGUUAGCUCAUGUUAUUAUUGUUGUAAAUAAUAUUUGGGGCUGCUCUACUCGAAAAGCUACAAAAAGAACCUCUCACAAUUGGACUCUGAAAUUAUAGCAGACAUCCGUUUGAAUGUGUUUGUAAGGCUAUCAUAGGAACUUACCAUUCGCAAAAAAGAAUACUAUGCCAGGAGUCGAUAUAUACGUAAAGAAAAACAAACAAAAAAUCAAUUUUUAGUCGGAUAUGUGGAACUAUUCUACAUUUGGGAACUUGACAGACUUAACAUUACAGUAAUGAUGGAUAUAGUUUUAUAAUAAUGAGGCCCCUUUCGGGGGCGGGGGAUACCUGGUACCUAGAUUGAAUUUUUAAACACUUUGUUUCACUGACGUAUUUAGGAGGAAGCUAUGUCUUUAUCGAUAUUUUACCAUUGCAUUUGCGCUUGUCUCCGUUGUAGCUAGCCAGUUUCAGUUCAUCUUAAUGAGUCGUUUGUCGUCGUUUCAACUAGCCUGUUCUGGGCGUUCAGAUAGUAGAGCGCGGUUGUCAGAUGGUGAGAAGCGAGUUAAAUUCUACAUCGGGAAAACGGGGGAGAAAAAAACAAAGGGAGAAUUUUUUUCCCUUCGUGAAUUUUUCUCCAGCAGUCUACUAUCUGUACGUCUGAACAAGGCUACGUUUAGACUGUCUAACUUACUCCGGCUUUCAAUGCCACGUUGUUUGUUGGAAUUCUGUCUAUCAGGGCUUCUCUAAUGUGUAGCCAGAAUAAUACACAUCUUAAAUGCUCAGUUUUACAAUUCUACUCGUAGACGACCAGUUUCCGAUAGAUUUUUAAAACAUUACAACCUAAGUGUUUUAGCGCGUUGCUUUUCUAGACAUCGAGGGUAGAAUGUAUCGACCUUUGUUGCAUGGUUGUCUUUUUAGGCUGUAAGGAUCAGGAACAAGGACUUUUAAUAAUUCAGAUUCGUAGGCGAACUGACAUAUAAGACGUAGGCGAAUCGACUCUAGACGAAAGCGAACAGACCGUAGGCGAAACGACCAGUUACCAAAGUAACUGUAAGUGUGUAUGUAGUCUGUAAAUGUGAAUUGUAGUCACAUCAAUGCGACUGAAUUUUGUAAUCGAGUCGCAAGACUUAAUCUUGAAGUGUUAUCGUAGGAAAUUUAUUUUCAGACUUGUACAGAAUUCUCUUUUCCUCCCACUGCUUGUCUAGUGGGAAUGCAAAAAUUUCUUUUUAUUAACUGCUUUAUUACGAAGCAUCUAACGGAAUCAAUACGAAUCAAUAUUGGCGAAAUACUCAAAGUGGGGCAGAGGACCCCAUUCGAGACUUCAGUCCGCCUUAAGGUGCUAAAACUAACCGAUAAGAAGUGCUUUUUUCGAGAAUUAUCUAUGAUCUAUGGGAGGGAAAAUCUCUGGUGCAUAGCCAUUUCCGAACCCUGAAAGCUAUUUAGACGUGUUUUUGAUGUUGGUUUUCCUUUUAUGCUUAUUCUCACUGGCUUAUUGCCAGAAGGCACUGUGUCAAUUGUCCUUGUUGCGCACGGCGUUAACGCGUAACCUUCAUAGCAAAGGUACCGGGUUCGAUGCCUACUGCCCUUUUUUGACGAAUUUAAAAGAUUGCUUCUUUUUCUUUUUAUGGUUACUGGAGUGCAAGGAAGUAUGUGUCCUCUCAGGGGACUAUUUUUUUCAUGAUGUUGCCAAUGAUGUUUUUAUUGUGUACAUAUUUUUCAAUCUUACCUGCUUGUUUUAAGGCAGGAAUUAACGGUUACGAAUAUUAUAGGCGUUCCAGAAAAUCUCAAUCUACUGCCAUACGAAAAAUAGAUUUUUAAAUGUAGAAUUUACAUUCGCUUUUAUUCCGUAAGGCACUGUCUUACAUUUUCUUUAUUUUAUUCGAAGAGAUAGACAGACAGUUGUAGGUAGAUUUGAAUCCACUUUAUAGAGAGAAAUUAUCAAAGGUGAGCAAAUCUCGUUGCAAUGAGAAAUUUUUAAAUUACAACCUGAUAUUACUAUUUUCGUGACAAUAAGUGAAUUAUUGUAAAUAAUAUCAUAGCAAUAAGAUCAAUUUGUAAAAUAUACGUGGC